UGGAUUCUUUGUUUCUGGAAGUCUUGUCUCCACCCAGAAACUGGAUUACUUGGAGGGAGAACCUGAAUUCUGCCAGACUGUGCAGCUGGUGGGCAGAGGCUUGGAUUCUCUCAGUCCCGCACUGGAAAACACUGCUUGCUGUGCAGAGGACCUGCGGAGCCUGGAGAGAACGGGAGAGAUUGUAAACUUUGGGUCUCAAGACACCUCAGGAGCUGAAGGGUUUGCAGCCCCUUAGGAUGAACAACAAUAUGAACUAACUAGUACCCUCAGAGCUCCCAGGGACUCAACCACCAACCAAGGAGUACACAUGGACAACUUUGUCUUGGUUCAGAUAGAAGGCGUUGAAUCCUUAGGAUUCCCUGCUUGCCUGACUCUGGAUUGGCUCCAACUGCUUCGGGUUGGCCCCGCCCCCUCAUUUUGGCAUCCUGCCCAGGCUAGGAGGAGUCCGCUGGGUCACGGAGGGAUUGGCUCGGCCCAGCUCAUCCUCCUACAGUCAGCAGCCGGGAUCAAAAACAGACUCAGUGAAGAGCCGAAGUUUCUGGGACUCAUUACUCCUGAGAAAAGGAUGCUGCAGCUGAGCCUGUCCUGGCUGGGACUGGGGCCCGUGGCUGUCUCCUCAUGGCAACUUCUGUUGUUGGUUGGGACCUCCUUGUUCCUGGCUCAAAUUCUGACCUGGAUCUGUGCCUUCUAUGACAACUACUGCUCUCUCCGAUGCUUCCCUCAGUCCCCUUUACGGCACUGGUUUUGGGGUCACUUGAACGUGAUCAAGAGCAACGAGGAAGGCCUGAAGUUGUUGACUGAAAUGAGCCACCAAUUCCAUGAUGUCCACCUCUGUUGGGUUGGGCCCUUCUACCCCAUCCUGAGGCUUAUCCACCCUAAGUUUAUUGGCUCCAUACUCCAGGCCCCAGCUGCGGUGACCCCUAAGGAAAUGAUUUUCUAUGGCUUCCUGAAGCCCUGGCUAGGGGAUGGGUUGUUGGUGAGUGCUGGUGAGAAAUGGAGCCGCCAACGCCGCCUGCUGACACCUGCCUUCCACUUUGACAUCCUGAAGCCCUAUGUGAAAAAUUUUAAUAAGAGUGUGAACAUCAUGCAUGCCAAGUGGCAGCAUCUGACCACCAAGGGCACUGCCCGUCUGGAUAUGUUUGAACACAUCAGCCUCAUGACUCUGGACAGUCUGCAGAAAUGUGUCUUCAGCUUUGACAGCAACUGUCAGGAGUCUCCCAGUGAAUAUAUUGCUGCUAUUCAGGAGCUCAGCUCCCUCAUAGUGAAACGGCACCACCAGCCCUUCCUGUACGUGGACUUCCUGUACUACCUCACUGCUGAUGGGCGGUGCUUCCGCAAGGCCUGCGACCUGGUGCACAGCUUCACAGAUGCUGUCAUCAGGGAGAGACGGCACAUUCUCUCCAGACAAAGCCUUGAUGAGUUCCUGAAGUCUAAGACGAAGUCUAAGACUUUGGACUUCAUUGAUGUGCUCUUGCUGGCCAAGGAUGAACAUGGUAAAGGACUAUCAGAUGAGGACAUCCGGGCAGAGGCUGACACCUUCAUGUUUGGAGGCCAUGAUACCACUGCCAGUGCACUCUCCUGGAUCCUGUACAACCUGGCGAGGCACCCGGAAUACCAGGAGCGCUGCAGGCAGGAGGUGCAGGAGCUGCUGAGGGACCGAGAGCCUGAGGAGAUUGAGUGGGACGACCUGGCCCAGCUGCCCUUCCUGACCAUGUGCAUCAAGGAGAGCCUGCGACUGCAUCCCCCAGUCACGGUCAUCUCCCGAUGCUGCACCCAAGAUGUUGAGCUACCAGAUGGCCGGGUCAUCCCUAAAGGAACCGACUGUAUCAUCAGCAUCUUCGGGGUUCAUCACAAUCCUUCAGUCUGGCCAGAACCUGAGGUCUAUGACCCCUUCCGCUUCGACCCAGAAAACCCACAGAAGAGGUCUCCUCUGGCUUUUAUUCCCUUUUCUGCUGGGCCCAGGAACUGCAUAGGACAGACUUUCGCUAUGAACGAGAUGAAGGUGGCGCUGGCGCUGACACUGCUGAGACCUGGGCAAGAUCAACGGGCACAACCUGAACAUAGCCCGUCCUCAGGUUUCUUGUGCCAUCACAUCAGUCCAUGA